CAUGUAUACUAAUAUUUAUUGGUACAUUUUAUACACAAUUCUCAAUUUAUACACUCCACUGGGCCUGAACUAGAAACUGGACUAUCAAUCAUUUGUUUUUGUAAGAGGUGUAAAAGUACUGAAGUGAUGUACGUGAAAUAUUACAGUACAGAGCUCGUUCUUACGUUAGAAGUUGCACAUUUAAACUCAAGUUUUGCUCAACUGAGUUGAAUAUUUCAGAAAAGUGGAAAAAUAUUGGGAGAAAGGGAGCCAUUUGAAUGAAGAGUGUAACUCGAAAAUAGCAAUUAUUUUUCAGUAAAGCUGAAGGCCACUGUUUGUGACAAAAAAUGGCUGAAUUUUGGGGAAAUUCUCAGGAUCUGUCGUAUUCUGAAUUAGACUCAUUUCCAGAAUUUUUACUGGAAGGGGAUCAGGCACAUCAGCUCCAAAGUCUUCAGCUGGAUCAUAAUCAGAUAACGGUGCUUCCUCGAGUUAUAAGUGCUUUCGCGAACCUUAUAACACUUGACGUAAGUAACAAUGGAAUGACUUAUCUAAGUCCUGAACUAGUCAGAUUGCAGCAUUUACGAACCUUUAUCGGAAAAAACAAUUAUUUCGAAAAUGAAUCCAUACCAAAGGAUUUUGGUUUAUUACGAUCGUUAGAAGUUGUAAACAUUAGUGGGAACCAGGUGACGGAAUUCCCGAUGCAAUUUACGGAGUUACAUCAUUUAAAGUGCCUGUAUCUUGGAAGCAACAAUAUUCGACAUGUGCCAAAUGAAAUAAGAAAUUUAAUCAGGUUGGAAAUACUUUAUAUGGGCGGCAAUAAAAUUAAAGAAAUACCAGCUGGUAUUGGUAACCUAGUGAACCUACAGUCAUUGGUCCUUUGUGAUAAUCGUCUACAUACUAUACCGCCAUCUCUUGGCCAACUCACAAACCUGAAAUCGUUAAGUCUUCACCACAACGAUAUCUCACUUCUUCCGCUAGAAAUCGUCAAACUGGACUUGAUCGAGCUUUCUUUACGGAACAAUCCACUUGUUAAUAAGUUUAUUAAGGACUUGGUGUUUCAGCCACCUUCUUUGUUAGAGUUGGCGGGGAGGAGCGUGAAAUUAAACAAGGUACCUUACUCCCAAGAGGAUUUGCCCCCGACUUUAUUAGAGUACCUUGACAUGGCAAAGAGCUGCAUUAAUCCAAAAUGCAAAGGGGUAUACUUUACUUCAAAAGUGGAGCAUGUAAAAUUUGUGGACUUCUGCGGAAAAUUCCGCAUCCCCCUCCUGCAAUACUUAUGUUCCCCGAGUUGUUCAACGAGCAGCCCACACGUCUAUUGGAGCAGCGAGAGUGACACGGAGGAUGAAUCUGUCCCCGUAAACAGGAUGAAGAAAGUGCUUCUGGGAUAGCUUGUUUAAUUUUGAUUGGUGGAGAGAUCAAAUUUGCAUGAAUUUAUUUGCUGAUAGUGGCAACUGGAAUAAAAGAUAUUGAAGAUUUGGUAUAUGCUUAUUUAGAUAUGGAAAAUGGCUUCUUGGACAGCUUCACUUUGCUUGAUUUUGAUUGGUCAAAAGAUCAGAUCAAACUGGAUUGAUGCAAUGGCUACUGAAAAUUCGUAAACUGAAUGUUCAGGAAUACUAAAUGAAUACUGGUGCUUCAUGACAGCUGAAAUUUUGAUUUUUUAUGUUCAAAGAAGUUGUAACCAUUUGACGUUUGAAAAAUACUACAGGUAAUUGACAGAAACUUUGUAAGGUAAAAAUUCCAUUAUAAUGUUCUCGUAUUAUGACAUCAUUAUAUCCAUGUUACAAUUGAUAAUAAUCCAUUUUGGAAUUCUUAACUUUAUACAGUUUCUGUGAUGACAUUUUGUCAAUUUCAUUAUCAUUCAAUUGUCAAUAAAAGAAAUAUAUAUCCAUCCGUCAACAGUCAAAUGGAUUACAUUACUCAUAUUUCUUAUAUUUUUGA